AUGGGGCCUUUUCCAUCCUCCUACUCAAAUAGUUAUAUACUUGUGGCUGUAGAUUAUGUGUCAAAGUGGGUGGAGGCUAUUGCUACCACCACAAAUGACAACAUGGUUGUAACGAGCUUCUUGAGAAAGAACAUUUUCAGCAGGGCCUUCUGGGCUAUAAAACUACUGAAUUUUGAUGGGCAAGCUGCUGGAGAAAAGAGGCAAAGGCAACUCAACGAGCUGGAAGAAUUUAGGAACCAAGCAUAUGAAAAUGCAAAGAUCUACAAAGAUAACACAAAAAGAUGGCAUGAUCAAAAGAUAGCAAAGAGGGAGUUCACUGAAGGACAAAAGGUGUUAUUGUACAAUUCUAGACUUAGGUUCUUCCCUGGGAAGCUUAAGUUUAGAUGGUCUGGACCCUUCACCAUCAUCAAAGUGUACCCCUAUGGUCAAGUGGAGCUCAUGGAGGACAAAACACAGAGAACCUUCACUGCAAAUGGCCAUAGACUCAAGUAUUACCUGGGGGACUCACGGGAUGAAAGAAGAGUGAGCUACCACCUCAACUGA